AUGGGUCGGCUCAUCUUGGUGACCGCGCUUGCCCCCCAGACGUCUCACACCUGCUUCCGCCCGGUGGCCUUGCUGUCCCUGUGCCUGGUAUUAGCGCUGCUGCUGCUGCUGCUGCUGCUGAGCCCUGGACCCGGACCCAGCGUGGCCUCCAGGAAGUCACAUGUCCGCCGGCGCGGGGUCCUGGAUCUGGCGAAGGUUGUGACUUGUGUUGGCCCCCGAAGCCCCUUCGCCUACAUCAAGUAUGGCUGCUUUUGUGGCCUGGGUGGCUAUGGCCAGCCCCGGGAUGACAUCGACUGGUGCUGCCAUCGCCACGACUGCUGUUACACUCGGGCUGAGGAGGCUGGCUGCAGACCCAAGAUAGACAGCUACGCCUGGCAGUGUGUCAAUCAGACCAUCCUGUGUGGACCAACAGGGAACACAUGUGAAGAACUCCUGUGCAAAUGUGACCAGGAGCUCGCCUACUGCUUUGCCCAAGCUAAGUACAACAUAAAAUUCCUCUUCUACUUGCAGUUCCUAUGUGAGGAGAACUCGCCCAAGUGUGACUGACUUGCCUGCCUGGCGAUGAUCUUUUGCACAAGGAAAUAAAGCUCCUUUGCAUAAAUGAACCAUAGCAUUCAGUUCUUGGGAGGAGAGAAGAGAAGCCAAGUGAUAAAGCUGCAACCCUUGUGUUUGCUUUCUCUCCCCAUUCCGGAACUUGGGGCUAGGAUCUGUUAGAUUUCCAGCUUGAUUAGGGUCAAAAGUCCUGUGCUUGUUUGUUUAAUAAAACCAUGGCCACAUUUAUGACUGUGCUGGUUUGGUACCAUUUUUGAAGUUCAGCCUUUAUGAAAAAGUCAGCUUUGUCUUCU